AUGCAGGGGGGCCCCGCUGCUUCCAUGGGGCAGCAGAUCAGCGACCUAAGCGCCGCGACGCAGACCAGUUUCGCGGGGCAGUUCAGCAUCCUCACGGACGCGGUCAACAAACGCAGAGAGGCCGACUCAGCGGCAUACUGCCGCGAUGCAUGCCCAGCUGGAACGGAGCACCCGGCGCACUUUGCCAGUUUCAAGGGCCAGGUCAUGACGGCGGUGAUGCUGAACACCGUGACGCAGCGCGCCCUGAGCAAGACCUGGGGCCCCAUCACUGGGCUGUUCGCCAAUAGUCCUCACUACGUUCCAGGUUCAAAGCCCAUCAUCAAUGGAUACAAAGGCUCCGUCCACUGGACCAACGGUACUGACGCGUGGCCGCUUGUUUCGUUCAAUGAGGUCAACCAUGCACCGGGCACCUUCGAUGUCGACCAGUCCACGUGCGAGUACUUCCAGGUAGACGCGAAGAAGUUAGAGGCCAUCAUGACGGACGUCAGCCAGAGAGCGCUCUACAUCAAGGAAAAGACCACCGUCACGCUCAUCGGCAUCCCGCUCUGGGUUGCCAAGCACGUCAAGUCCGAGGCUAAACAGACCAUAGCCAUCCCACGCCUCGCCGGCUCCCAGGCCCGUCGGCGCAUAGAGCUCGCUGGAGCGGCCACCAAGGCAGAGAAGACCGCCUGCGUGCUGGAGCUCGCCAGUGCAGAUCGGUCUGUCGGCAUGCUCACGGCGGGGCGGCGCGGCGACGUCGGCACCGACGAAGCUGUCGACGAGUACGUUUCAGGAUGCGAGGACAGCUCGCAGGAGGACGAGGCCCUGGGGGACGAGCCCGCGGCCGAGUCGCCGGACGCGGAGAGGCUGGACGGCGAGAUCGCCGAGGGCGAGAUCGCGGAGCUGGUGGCGGGCGCCGGGCUGGAGGAGGACGACGAGGAAGCUGAUCUCAAGGACGACUCGUGGCGCCAGUACUUGCAGGACGCCGACGACGGCGAGAGCGAGGAGGACCAGGGGACGGGUCUCGCGGACGAGGAUUCGGGCGAGGACUCCGACGCAGAGCUCGGGGCGGAUCACGCGAGCAGGCACAAGACCGAUAUGGAGGCGCUGCUGAGGCAGCAGCAUGCCCGCAACAAGCUGGGGCAAGCCCCGGGCUCCGCUCAGGAGGAGGCCGCCCAGGAGGCUCCUGGAGCCGCCGGCGAGGACCCCGGCGCCCUCGAGGGUUGGGAGCUUGCUCGUGGUAAAGCUACCCGUCGGGCCCGAUGA